AUAACCUCACAAUGAGCUUGUAUAUUGUCUAUUUCACUGCAAGAUGCAACUUGUAGGAUUUCACAUUAUUUCAGCUUUAUGUUUUAGUUAGUGAAGUUUAGACCAAUAUUUCUAGUCAAUGACAAUGUUUAUUCCUUAGUCGAUCUCAUGGUGAAUGAUGUAACUAUACUCUCAAUUGCCUUAACUGUAAUUAGAUUAGUCAACUUACAGUAAGUAGACCAAUAGUCUUUCAAAUGAGAUUUGUCAAAUUGUGUCGUAGUCCAAAUCUUAAUGCACAUAUCAUUCGAAAAACAUGUUCUAUUUGAACUAUUGUUACAUACUUUUUGUGUAUAGUUUUUGUGCUGGAAUUUUUACUGUAUUUAUUUAUUUGCACCAAACGGCCGACAUUCUAAGUGCAUGGUUGCUGAGAGACUUUGAGCAGCCUUUGAAUUUGAGCUACGAUUAUAUAGUAGUAGGCGCAGGUACAGCAGGCUCGCUAGUAGCGGCAAGACUAGCAGAAGAUGCCGAUGUUUCAGUGUUGGUUUUGGAGGCAGGUGGGGCUCCUUCCCCUUUAUUCGACAUUCCCCUUGCCGCACCCAUGCUACAGCUGACGCCCUAUGACUGGCAGUACAAGACUGAGCCCCAGAGUGGGGCGUGCUUCGGCCUAAACGACAAGGUGAGCCCGUGGCCUAGAGGGAAAAUCUUGGGAGGUUCUGGGCGGUUAAACUAUAUGGUUUACCUGAGAGGCCAUCGCAAUGACUACGACACGUGGCCCUCUGAUGAGAAUGAACACUGGUCCUACAACGAGGUGCUACGCUAUUUUAAGAAAUCCGAAAAGCAGUAUGGUCGAUUCAAAAAGAAUACCAACUCGCACGGCACCGCUGGUGUGAUGCCCGUGUCCGAUCUACUGAUCCGAUCUGAGUUCUCAGCGGCGGUCGUGUCGGCGGGCGAAGAGCUGGGCUACGGCAGGGUGGACCUCAACUCAGGCAAUGCCACCGGAUUCAUGGAGGUACAGACCAUGACUCGCAAUGGGUCGCGGUUCAGCACUGAUCAGCUACUCAGUGCUAGAAACAAUAUUAGGGUGUUGACACAUGCCCAUGUUAUGAGGGUGUUACUGAAGAAAGGCUACGAAGCAAAAGGUGUGGAGUAUUGGAGAGGAGGUGGAAGUCAUAUCGUGAAAGCCAAAAAAGGUGUCAUACUGUCAGCUGGCACCGUAGCUACUCCUCAAAUCUUAAUGCUUUCGGGAAUUGGACCAAAGAAACAUAUCCAAAGUCAUAAGAUAAAAUCAGUCAAUAAUUUACCAGUUGGAGACAAUCUUCUGGAUCAUGUAACAACUGGUUUGGACAUCAUCACAUUGAAUUCUUCGUCUCCUAUUUGGCAUACUACCAUGACUAAUCCGAUGUAUGCAUUGGAUUACUUCCUCAAUUCAAACGGUCCGUUCACGUCACCAGGCUGUGAAUCGGCAGCUCUGAUCAAAACCAGCCUGGCCAAAGCCGCAGAUCCGCCGGAUAUUCAGAUAAUGUCGUUUCCAGCCGGUCUAUCAACAGACGCCGGAGUCGUGCUGCGAAGGGCUAUGGGAUUCAAUCAACUGUUAUGGAAGAAAUACUUUUCAAAUCUGGUUGGUAAAUCUGUGGGAAGUUUAUUAGUGGCUCUUCUCCACCCGAAAAGCAAAGGAACCAUUCGACUGAGAAGCAGCAAUCCUUUCGACCCGCCAGUCAUCAACCCCAACUACCUCAAGCACCCCGACGAUCUUCUAACUCUUAGUAAAGGUAUGGAAUUCAUCGAUAAACUGAUUAAAACAAAAGCGAUGAGAAAAGUGAAUGGCGAACUUAAUGAGCAGCCUCUUCCAGGAUGUGAGUCAUUCCAGUUCGCCACCAUUUCAUAUUGGGCGUGCUAUGUCAGGCAUAUGACACUCACUGCUUAUCAUCCUGUGGGGACCAGUAAAAUGGGACUAAAAAAUGAUCCCACCGCUGUUGUGGAUACUACUUUGAGAGUGCGCAACACAAACCGCCUAUUCGUAGUGGACGCUUCAGUGAUGCCAACCCUAACCAGUGGUAACAUAAAUUCUGUGGUGCUGAUGAUAGCUGAAAAAGCAGCCGACAUAAUAAAGAGGAUCUGGUAUUUACAGCAGGCUCACUGUCACAUCACAGAUAUACUACUUAGUCCCAAAUAUUCUCAUGUGAUAUCAUAGCAUUAUCUUUAAAGUAUCAUUCGGUUCCUGUUCGUUUGUAAAUGACUUGUAUAUGAUUUUGGGGUAUUAUGGAGUGA